UUUAACUUAAUUAGAUAAAGACCAGUAGACGAGGAACUCUUCUUCAGAACAAGCCUAAGCAGGCCCCACACCAACCUGAUUCUUAGAAACAGGUUGGCUCUCUAGACUUAGCCAGCCAGUUGCACUCUUUUCCUUCAUUCAUUUAUGCGUCAGUGAUUUUAGGGAGUUUUUAUAGUAACAUAACUGUGAGCAAUGUUGAAAGUUGGAUAAUGUAAACAAAAAUCUAGUGUCUGGGAGAUAGUUUUGGAAAUCAUUUCAUCCCAAGUGGGAGACAUUAAGGUUUUUAACCAGAGCAGGGAUAGUAGGGGUAGGACACUUUCAGAAAGUGUUAGAGGUAGAAUUUCGAGGACUUGCGAUGGAUGAGUUAUGGUUGGUAAAGGAGUUUAGGGAUCAGAGGUACUUGUAUUUCCAGCUUGCGGAUGACGUGUGGGACUAGAUAGUGAUGGCCUGAGUAAAGAUACACAGUAGUGUCAUCUGGUCUUUCAAGAAGUCCUGCAAGGUUGGAGCAGAGAACAGGAUUAUGAGAAGGUUUAUUUAAGUUUUGUUGGUUGUGUUUUAGGGAAACUUGCUGUUUAAUUAUCACUUUAGGUCCCAGAAGAAACAGAGCAGACACUUUUCCUUCUAAGAUGGUUGGUAAGAGAGUUGUUGUUUGAUGGUUUCUAUUUUCCCUGGAGCUAAAAUUUGGAGGUGGGGUAGGUUAGGAACUGUGGAACUUCAGGGUAGUGAAGGGUUGGAAUAGCCACUGAGAAAUGUAGAUAAAAUAGCAAGGAAACAGAAAAUAGGAAUGAAAAAGACAAGACAGAGGACCGAUUCGGGAAGUCCAACAGCUAAGUAUUAUUUCCUGAAAGAGAGUAGAGAGAAAACAGAGGGGAGGAAAUUAUCAGUGAAAUAGUUGAGGAAGCACAGAAUGAAGUUUCCAGAUUGAAAGGACCCACUUGAAUCCCCUAAAACAACACCAACAUCACCGUGAAGAUCCUGGGGACUAUAAAGUGAAAAUGGAGCAACAAGAACCAGCAGAUUCUCAAAAUACCAAGCAGUCUAUUAUUUCAGAGGAGUUAAUUUCAGAAGGAAAAUGGGUCAAGCUUGAAAGAACAACUUACAGAGAUCCUACUGGUAAAACAAGAACUUGGGAAACUGUGAAACGGACAACGAGGAAAGGCCAGUCGGCUGAUGGUGUGGCGGUCAUCCCCGUGCUGCAAAGAACCCUUCACUAUGAGUGCAUCAUUCUGGUGAAGCAGUUCCGACCCCCGAUGGGGGGCUACUGCCUAGAAUUCCCUGCCGGUCUCAUCGAUGACAACGAAAGCCCAGAAGCAGCUGCUCUUCGGGAGCUCGAGGAAGAAACUGGCUACAAGGGCGACGUUGCUGAAUGUUCCCCAGCUGUCUGUAUGGAUCCAGGUUUGUCAAACUGUACCACACAUAUGGUAACCGUAACUAUCAAUGGAGACGAUGCUGAAAACGUAAGGCCUAAGCCAAAGCCAGGAGAUGGAGAAUUUGUGGAAGUGAUUUCCUUACCAAAGAAUGACCUGCUGAAGAGAAUUGAUGAUCUGGUAGCUAAUGAACAUCUGACAGUGGACGCCAGAGUCUAUUCCUACGCUCUGGCGCUGAAACAUGCAAACACGAAGCCGCUUGAAGAGCCCUUCCUGAAGUUUUAAGGCCAAAGGACAGUCGCCUUGUUUCUGUAACCAGGACACAGGCCUCCUUCAUUAAGACUUUGUAUUCAGCUUAGUUUCAAUGGAGAUUUGAAAUUAGUUUUUUCAUAAAAUAAAAGCACAGAAUGCA